AUGGCCACGCCUGCAUAUCAGGUCGUCCGCUCCCGACGAGCGCUCUACCGCAACGUAAAACCAGUGACAAGUGACACUGGUCUUGCCUUUCUCCAGCCUGCCAAGGUGUCCUGUGUUGAUGCACACACACUAGCUGAUCUACGUCCCUACCGUCCAGCGACUGCCGAAAUAACUACCGUACCAUCAUGUCGAAACUUAUUCCACCCCACCCCCGGCGACGAAGACUUUCCUCUUCUACCUCGCAAUCUCCUCCCAUGCGACAGCAGGCCAACCCUGUCCAACCUAGUCCCGUUCCGCUGCGCCGUCGGAUUCAACACUGCUGGCUCGGGGCCCUACGACGAUUCCGACACCGAGGCCGGCCGCGCCGCCGCCCUCGGCAUCUACACCGACCCGAUCGCCGCACACCGCCGCAUCCGCACCCUUCGCAUCCUCACCACAGUAGUCGUGUGCUUGUGCGUUUGA